GUUAGUUGUUGAAGCCACAGUCGACCCGGGAUCACCACGACGAGCACACACACACACAUACUGUAUACACACACUCGUUCGCCAGCAGGAGGAAAAGAGAGAGACCCACACUACAGAGAGAGUUCCCUACAGCAGGAGUGGCAGCAGCAAGCAGUCAGUCAGUCAGUCAGUAGCAGCAGCAGCAAUCAGUGAACAAGCAUCAACAUGAAGACUAACAUUCUACUGAUGUGCCUGGCCCUUUCAGCUGUCCAGGUCGCCACAGCUGAAGGAGACGAACCCGAGAAGGCGGGAGAGGAGGCAGUCGUCAUCCCUGAGGAGGCAGUCGUCAUCCCUGAGGAGGCAGUCGUCAUCCCUGAGGAGACUACACUUGCUGCUGUAGACGACAGAGACGAGGAAACACGAACCCUACUUUGCAGGAAAACUCUGGGUGCGACCUGUGCCGUCAGCGGUGGGAUAUGUGUCAUGAAAGGAGGAUGCGGCAGGAAAGGCAGGGUCCUCUCUUUGGGGAAUUGCCAAUCUUGUACUUGUUGUCCAAGUGUUCAGAGUAGCUGCCCCUGGACUGAUGCCUGCCAAUGGAAAGGUGGCAAGUGCAUGAAGCAUUGUCCUUGGGGGAUGAAGUCCAUACCGGGAAUCUGCUCUUAUUCGUCUUGUAGCUGUUGUGUGCCUGACAACCAGUGCGUGACGACCAACGAAUGUUUUGCACUGAAGGGGAAGUGUGUGCAGAGUGGGUCGUGCGUAGGCGGGGAAAUCAAGUCAGCGUCGUGUUCAGGAGGAUCAUCAUGUGUCUGCUGUGCUCCGAAGACUCAAACACCAACCUGUACCACCACCACCCAAAAAUGUCUUAAGCAGGGAGGCAGCUGCAAGACCCAGUGUUCCUCUAACCAAGACGUGUACCCCGAUGCUUGCAGUGAGGGCGGCUGCAAGUGCUGUAUUCCUAAAGGUUGUUGGAUAAAGGAGAAAUGCACAAAGCGUGGAGGUUCAUGCAAGGCAAGCUGUGGCCCAGGAGAAGAAUACGUCGGGAAUGGCUGCACUGGUCUAAACUGUGCGUGCUGUAAGCCUGCCAGGAAAGAACGUUGUACACCCUCCAGGGAGUGUAAUGAUAAGUACGGGAAGUGUAAGGAGUGGUGUGAGGGUAAAGAAAAGGAAUUGGUCUAUGGAUGUACAGGGGGACACCAUUGCAAAUGCUGUUACGUUCCCUACUAAACAGAACAACAGGUUGCCAAGGUGGGGUCGUCCUCGAAAAGAAGUCUAGGAAGAAUCAAGAAGAAAGAAGGAAAGAAGGAAGGGAGGAAAGAAGAACGAAGGGUGAAAGGAGGGAAAGAAGAAGGAAGGAAGGAACGAAGGAAGGAAGGAAGAAAGAAAGGAAGGAAGGAAGGAAGUAAGGAAGGGUGGAAUGACGUGAGCAGGUUGUCAUGGUGUUCACAUUUAUA